AUGCGAAACUAUAGAGCCCCAUGCCCCGUCGGCUGGGACUUGGAGUCUCACGAAACGGGGGUCUGCCGUGCUCCCGACAACUACGAUGGUCGUUGCGACCCGCGAACCAGCUUCAGUGGCUACAGCUCAGACAUGAAAAAUGCGUGGGAGCACGCAUGCAAGGUCGGAACGCUUUUGAAUUUGAGCGAAGAACGUUCACGGCUUCCGCAGGCUUACUUUCCCGUUUCUGCCCUUGAAGCGGCUUCCAAACUCACGGAGUUACUCCAACUUAGGACUGCUCCACCUAUUAAGGGAACCGGACCUAUUGGGGCCUCGGGCACAAAAUACUCGGGGGCGGUACUGGAAGCAAACGGCACAAUUUAUCUUCCGUCAAGACGCUACCAGUCAGCCUACCAAGAAGAAAUACAGCCGAAGACUCCAGACACGUCCGCAGCCGAGGCGAAACUCCUGGAAGAGUAUAUUGCCAGACUGGUUAAGAUCAAAGCGGAAACGACCGAUUCACGUUUGCAGACAGCUAUACAGGCGAAAAACUCAAACAUGCCCCGACCGAAAGGCCGGAAAGGCAACCACGAGCAGUCUGCCGUCACCCUUGUGCAGGGUAUCGACGCCUAUAAACGUGCCAGUUAG